UGCUCUGCAGCGGGGAGACGCAGCAAAACUCCCCGCGACAGCAGGCGAGGAAUCCCGGCGUCAGCAGCCGCCGCGCCCCGUUGGAGGAGCGGGGGAUGGAGAAUCCGGAGCCGAGGACAUUAGUGAAGCAAGAGACGGAUGUGGAUGGUGUGUGAGGAGGAGGAGGGAAAACUUGGAGCAACAGAGAGAAUAAAGGAGGAGUGGAGGGGCGUUUAUUGUUCGGAUCUCCAGACGCAUAAUCGAGUCCGACAGAACCCGGAUCGAUCUGAUCCACCAGGAGUCCGGAACAAAUGGAGGCCAGGGAGAGUAAGGAGUCAGGAGGCUCCUCCGGGGAUCAGUGUUCACACCUCGGCGCAGCAGCUGCGGACAUGCCGCCACAGAUCAGCGCAGAAAACUGCUACAAGCUUCUGACAAAAGCCAAAAGCGAGGGCGCGGAGGGCGCGAAGCAGCGGCUCUACCGAUACAUGAGCGACCACUACCUGCACGUACUGCGGACUCCCGCCUUGUACGGCCGGCUGACAGCGGGGGAGAGAGAGCACAUCCUGGCACGGAGGAUGGAGGGGAGGAAGGUGCUGGCGGUGGCCGAGAGUAGCGAGGUGUGCGACCGCGCGGAGAGCCGGGACAAUAGCCGGCCGCAGAGUCCGAUGCUGCACGCCCCGGAGGACCACAACCACCGGCGGGUGUUCUGCCUCCACCCGGACACGCAGCAGUGGGAAGUCCUGACCAGCCUGCCGGAGGAGGUCCCGGCCAAAGGCUCCGGGAUGUGCACCAUGUACAACUACCUGUUCGUGGCGGGGGGGAUCAGGGCGGAGGGGGACGGCCGCUCUAGGGCGUCGGAUCGGGUCUUCUGCUACAACCCGCUGACCGGCCUCUGGAGCCAGGUCCGGCCGCUGACCCAGCCCCGCUGCCAGCUCCGACUGGUCUCCAUGGACGGAUACCUGUACGCCAUCGGGGGGGAGUGUCUGUUCACGGUGGAGCGCUACGACCCGCGCGCGGACAGGUGGAGUCAGGUGGCGCCACUGCCCAGAGGCUCCUUCGCGGUGGCGCACGAGGCGACGUCUUGCGGCGGGGAGCUGUUCGUGUCCGGUGGCUCGCUCUUCUACCGGCUGCUGCGCUACGACUCCCGCCGCGACGAGUGGGAGGAGUGUCCGUUCAACGAGAGCCGGCGGCGGUCCACGGACAUGGUGGCGCGCCGCGGCCUCGUGUAUCGCUUCGACGUGGACCGGGAACGCGCGGGAGUGAACGUGUACAAGUACAACACGGUGGUGAAGGUGUGGCUCGGCAGCGAGAGCUUCCCGCUGCAGAACCCGCUGCCGUUCCGCUGUGCGGUGCUCGAGGACCGGAUCUACUGCGUCAACCGGAGCCAGACGCUGCAGUUCCAGGUGCGGGAGCAGGGGGAGGGGUUCCUGCCGGACGUCCUGCCCCCCCCCGCAGAGGUCAGAGGAGCCCUAGUGCCCUUUGUCCUCUGUCUGAACCGGGACAAGUCUCCAGGACCAGGACCUGAACCCGGUCCAAAAAAGUGCUAACACGUGAACCUGCCUCCUCCUUCUUCUUCUUCUUCUUCAGCUGUGCCUUUUUCUUUUAUUCCCGCUUUAACCGACGUUUAAUGAAAGUUUGUUUCCACUUGUUGCUGCAUGAAAACCAGAUGUUUGUUUAGUCCAGCUGCAGCAGACAUCUGGAGCAGAGACUGAACAUCUGGAGCAGAGACUGUACAGGUGAGCAUCUGGUCACUCCACCUGCCGGCUCCUCAUCAAACAGCUAAAACAAACACACUCUGUUACCUGCAUGUGAGGUCAUCCUCUCCAGUGUGACAUCAUCAAAGUGUUUUUGGCUCCGCCCCCUGUCAGUCUGAGUCUCUUGAACACAAACAAACAGCAAACUGAAUGUCGGACAAGGUCAAAGGUCAAAGGUCAUGUUCUGAUUGUUAAGCCUGAGAUGAAAUGACUCUUUGAUCAUCUUAUAAAAAAUAAUAAAAA